UUCUUUUUGCAUGGGAGGGGAGGGGGUGGCGAGGAUGUGUCGAUUUGUGAGUGCGCAGACGCGAUGCAAGCUGCAGCGAAAGGACAGACGGCGAGACCGUACGACCGAACCGUGUUGCAGAAGUGCCCAACAGCUACACAUACGGCGUGUCCAGACGCGUCAGGACUUUCCGCAGUCGAUGUCCUGUUGCGUCAUCAGUUGCUGCGUGUGCAGCCGGUGCGGAGGCCGGCGCCGCCGCUGUCAGUUCGGGGAAACGUGAACGCAGCCGUGCUGCCCGUUCCUUGCGCAGGACUAAAAAAUUGUAGCUGCAGCCCUUUUUAUUAGGCAGAGCACGUGCAGAAGUUUACAUACUGUACAUCUGUUACGGAAACCCCCAGGACGGCUUCGAAACGCGUCUUCGCGGUCUCUUUUCAACGUGUGAAAACAAGUGAGGUCACCAUGGUGACAGGGAACGGCCGCUGCGACCGUGACGCCUCCCCUGGGGUGGUCAACUACGAAGCCGACCCCGUCGUGGUGGACGGCGUCGCCUUCCUGCCACUCAGCGACGCCCGGCUUGCGCGCGAGGCCCUGAGCUACGAGCCCAGGCCGGGUGACGUCAUCCUGGCCACUUUUCCAAAGAGCGGCACCACGUGGUGCCAGUACCUCAUCUGGGGCAUCCACAACCUCAGAGCCGUCGAGGAGGGAUCCAUGCCGCCGGUGCAGGACGUGCUGACGCGGCACUUUCCCUACAUCGACCUGCUGGGCACGUCGUCCACGGUGGCCGACCGGCCUCCUCCGCGCUUCAUCAAGACCCACCUGCCCGCCGAGAGGGUGCACCGGCCGAGCGACGGCGGCGCCAAGUACGUGGUGUGCCUGCGCAACCCGUUCGACGUGGCCGUCUCCUACUUCCACAUGCGGCUGGGCCGGCGCGGCCUGACGCGUCUGCCGCCCGACUACGGCUUCGACCACUUCCUCGACGAGUUCCUCAGCGGAGGACUCGUCGGGGGCGAGCCCUUCGGCCACGCGCGUGCCUGGCACGACAGGAGCAAGGUCCACGACAACGUCCUCCUCCUCUACUACGAGGUCCUCAAGGAAGACCCUAGAAAGGUCGUACUGAAACUCGCCAACUUCCUGAGCUCCGAUGCUGCCGCGAGGCUGUCUGCCGAACCGGUACUUCUGGAGCGACUCCUGGAGCAGACGUCGCUCAAGCGGCUCCGGGACCUGACGGGGGCGGAGAACUUCGCCGAGGGCGACUUCUCGCGCCAGCACCCAACAGCUGCCCUCUUCCGCAAGGGGGUCGUCGGCGACUGGCGGUCUCACUUCAACCGGGACCAGGAACGCAGGUUCAGGGAAGCGUACGACCGGGCACUCGGCGGCACCGAGAUGCACGACUUCUGGACUGAGCACGUGAAGUCGACGGGCUAAUUACGCGCGAGGCUUGUUAGGAGACCAGUGAGCAUAAAGAAAUGAGUAGAGCCCGUGGCCCUGCAACUACGCUUGAGAAAAUGAAAAAAAUAAUAAGAUACGAUAAAUUUGAAGGCUAGAGUCAACCUGUGAUGGUCGUCGAUCACAGACAGGUGCAGACGUUUGGCGUGUCCGGUACUGCAGUAAAAGCAAGCGGACUGGGCGUUUCACCGGAUGAGCGGAACGUCCUGCAUGGUACAGCCACCUGGUGGUGCAGAGCUAAAUCAGACAAACAGCCGCUAAUAUUGCAGUAACAAAGUGUGUUUUGCUUUGCUGCUGGUGUAUAUUCACAAGCAACGACGCAGAAUACACAUGGUUACGGCAGUAUUACCUCUGUGUUUGUCUGGUGGAGCUCUGCGCCACCAGAUGGCUCCACCGUGCAGGUCGUGCGCCUUCGCGCCUCCGCUCAUCCGUAAAACGCCCAGUCCGCUUGCAUUUACGAGAAUACCAGACACGCUCAAACUCUUUAAAAGACAGUGUAGCGUGUUGAAAUGACUUGGUUAUUAAAUGUUGGUUAUGUCUCUAC